AGCGAGACAGAGGUAAAAGACAUUAAUGGAGAUCAGGGCUGGAUUUCUGGGUUUCCUCAGAGCUUUAAAUCCCAGCAGUCUACUCUGGCUUUUCCACUGGCAGGUACGGCGCCUGCCAGUACACCUGCUGAGGAUGAUGGGCCAGCAGGGGUUCCUCACUCUUCCAUUUCCAAUGGAGAUGGUGCCAAAGCUCCAGAACCAAAUGACAGCCAGCUAGACACAGAAGUAGAUGAUGAGAGAGACAAAGAAGAAGAAGAACAGAAAGAAGCUGUCCUUAAAAACCUCAACCAAGACCUCUCUCCUAAUUCACUGACUAGUCACAUGACCAUAAUGCACUCACGUAAUUCCUGCAAGACGCUGAAAUGCCCCAAGUGUAACUGGCACUAUAAGUCUCAACAUACACUGCAAGUCCACAUGAAAGAGAAACAUCCAGAGACGGGGGGCCAGUGUGUGUGUGGCGCCUCUGGGGGAAAGUGUGUUUGUGGUGGUGGAACACGAGACGUGUGUGGAUAUUGCAGUUCGGGGAAACCCCAUCCUCGCUUGGCCCGAGGUGAAACCUACGCCUGUGGCUACAAGCCCUACCGCUGUGAGGUGUGUGACUAUGCUACCUCGUCGAAAGGCAACCUCAGCAUACACAUGCAGUCAGAUAAACACCUUAAUAACGUUCAAAAUGGGGGACACUCUAAUGGUCACAUGCACACUUCUCACAUUACCAACAAUAGCAGCUCCUCCAACGGUCACGCAGUGGAUGAGCCAGCAUACAAGCUCCCACUCUCUAUUCCCACGCCUACUCCCCAGCCCGCCAAGCUCACAGCACCUGCACACUCUCAUGGUAAGCGGUGGCGGUGUGAUGUGUGUGACUACGAGACCAGCAUUGCCCGCAACCUGCGCAUACACACCACCAGCGAGAAACACACACAUAACAUGCUCCGGCUUCAGAGAGGUUACUAUCUGUCUCACUGCCGGAGCCUUGCCCCGCAGCUCAAACACCUACAAAACACAGGUGAGGUUUCUUUCUGUGUUUUAGGCGCCGAGCUCUCCCUGAACAUGCGACUGACCAGUCAACAAGUUGCAGAACAGCCAGUCACCCUUGGGUCUACGCUGACUCCUUCUCCCUCCCCCUCCCUCUCUCCCCCUCCAGCCCCGUCUAUGUCUCCCACUGGACCCCUCUCCCAGGGCGUGUUUCAAUGCCUUGUCUGCUCCUGCUUUUCGUCUGACAGCUUGGAGUCUGUGGAGCAGCACCUGAACGCCCCUCGCUCUCUGCCCCAGUCUGAGUGGUGUUCCCUGGUCGCUGGUGGCUGUCACUGCAGGCUGUGUGGCUACACCACCCCGCUGAGGGCUAACUUCUCCUUGCACUGCCAGACUGACAGACACCGUACCCGGUACCAGCUUUCUGCUCACCUCCAGGAGGGUGGAAACAGGGGUCAGGAGGGGGCCGCCCUUAUUGCUAAGGGCAACCCCGUCCAGCUGAGGUGCAACCUGUGUGACUACGUGACCAGCAGUUUGGAGAAGCUACGAGGACAUUCCCUCAGUUCCCACCAUGAGGCCAGCGUCCGGGUUUACAGAUUCCUGCAGCAGUAUGAUGGUGAGGUUGAUGGAGGUUCGUGGCUGUUCCAUUGUCUACUAUGCAACCACUCCUCCUCUUCUAAACUCCAAGUACUGAAACACAGUCAAACCCCAACCCAUCAGCAGAGGGAAGGGCUACUACAGCUGCAGCCAAUGGGCGGAGAGGAGCUGGCAGCCAUUUUUACCAUUAGGAAAAGCCCUGAUGGUGAUACAGGAGAGCUCAGUGAGGAUAUAGAAACUUCCAGUGAGACCAUCACUGGUCCUUUGGACACAACCAAAGACACAUGUAACUUGGGGGCAAAGCAGAUUUCUGAGGAGACAGGAGAAACUAGGGAGGACGAAAGGGAAAAGAGGGAGUCAUUGCCCCCAGUCAAGCGUCCAUCCUCUGGAUUUGAGGAAAUGGAAAACUCCAUCUCAACCAAACGCCCCAGAAUACACCAGCAAAAUGAGAACCAGCAGACUGUCCAGUGCCCUUUGUGCCAGGUUAAACUCUCAUACAUACACCUUCAACAGCAUCUCACACAUGUGCACAGUGUGGCGCAGGACUGUGUAGACAAGCUCAUCAGCACAGUCACACUAUCCAUGAAACAACAGCAGCCUCAGCUGCAGACGGAACCACAGACAGAGUUGCACACAGAUGAUACUCAGAAAAAUAAAAACAAGGAUAAUGCAAAUUGUUCCCAUACUGCUGAUUCACUUGCCUCAGUUGAUUCACAGAAAAACAAAGGUAUGUCAGUGGAAAACACUGAGGGAGAUGUAGCCGCACCCAAAGAUGUCACAGCUCUACUCACCCCACCCUUAGAAGACAACACCACUCACCCUUCCAAUGGCAGACUGGCUCCUCAGUCCCCAACUCAGUUCUCCCCCUCUUCCCCGCCCUCCUCCCCACCCAGCGAUCCCCCACUUCUGUCUGAUCGCCAUGGUUACCGGUUUCGUUGCAGCAGGUGCAGCCUGGCGUUCCCUACUCAGGAGAAGCUCCAGCUGCACUGGCAGUACCAUGCCAUGAGGGCGGCGACAGAGUGCCCCCUCUGUUCUAGACAAUGCCGCAGUCAGGAGGCCCUGCAGAGACACAUGCAGAACACACACUCACAGCUGGACAACACACAGGGGCAGAAUACACUAUUACCGCCUCAUAGCGCGCAAUACAUGGAACAUAAUAAGAGUUCAGUUCAACAAGAUUUUAGUUUAUCACCUCAAGUGGGUCAAGAAGCAGGAGAAGAUGAGGAUGAAGAGAUAGAGGAAGAAGCCCUAGGCAUGGAGGGAAAGGAGGAACCAAAAGAAGAAGUUCAACUGAAAGAGAAGGACAUGGUUGGUGAAGUUGAUGGAGGUGAGGAGGAUUUAACUGAGCCAGGGCCACAUGAGGAGAUUAUAUCAGAACCUAGUUCCAGCUCUCUUGUCAAAAAGAGUUCUAACCCCACAAUGGACCGCUAUCUGGAUCCAACUAGGCCCUAUAAAUGCACCAUAUGCUCUGAAUCUUUUACCCAGAAAACAAUUCUUUUGGUCCAUUAUAACUCUGUGUCCCAUCUCCACCGGGCCAGACGAGCCCUGCAGGACUCUGGUACAGGUGUUGCUGCCCCCGAGGCUCCCCGUGGGCAAGAUUCAAGGCCCUACCGCUGCCGAUUGUGUGGAGUGGGCUAUAGCCAGAGCUCCACACUGGACAUACAUCUUCGCUCUGUCCUUCAUCAGACUAGAGCUCGUGCUGCCCAGAACUCAGCGCCACAGACCCCAGCAUCUAGUGUAGCGGCUCCAGGGUCAGUCCACACUACUGCUAUUCAGGCUGCCACCACCAGAGAGGAAACAUCCAAGAAUUUUUCUUUCACCAAGAGGCCAGAUGUAGUAAGCUCUUCAACCUCUUCACUACAAGGCUUAGCAGCCGAGGCUCAGCCAACCCUCUCUAACCCAACUGACAGCCAGCACACUAAAAAGAGAGUGGCAGAGCUUCUAGCAUCAAGAAACCAGCUAAUGCUAAUACAACAACAGCACUUAGCCCAGGCUCAGGCGCAGGCCCAAGCUCAGUUACAACAACACACAGCUCUGCUCCAGUCCCAAUUGUUACAGCACCUUCCCUUAGGACUAGAGAAUCUCCACUUCCCCCUAACACCAGACAACUUGCUCUCUCUGCAGCAGCAACUUCUUUUGCCCUUUUACUUGUCAGGGGACAUGCAGUUUAACCCAGAGUUAGCUGUAAAGAUCCCAGAACUGAGUCAGUUUGUAUCUGCCAACACCAUCCCAAAAGAGCAAGUUAAGGCAGAGGCUAAAAGCGAGUCUCAGCCCUUAAUAGAUGAGAAACAAACACAGAGACAAAGUUCAAACUCAGCUGUUAGCCAACCAAAGGACCAUAUGCAGUGUGAAGCCAAGGUUGAAGCAGGUUGCAGUGGAUCCUCCAUCAUCCAGACAGAAAGAGAACAGAGCAAUUCUAGUCUUGAGGAAGAAAAAGAAGAAAUGCUUGUUUCUAUUGUUAAAAAUGAGAAUCAGAAGGAAGAAACUCCGUCCUCCUCAUUUAAUCUUCUUGGGUUGCAGUGUCCUCCUCCCAGAGUGCCCUAUGCCGCUGUAAAUGGAGAGCCUCUCAGAGCCCUGCUGCAGAAUUAUGGCUAUGAGUUGGCACUGCAGUAUAUACAAAGUAGACACAGACACCAGCAGCAGAUAUCAACUCAUAUGAUACCAGAUCAACAAGAGUUCUCUGAUAUAAACACGAUGGAUGUGUGCUCAGAAGAAGAAAGAGAUAAAAAGAUGGUAGGCUGUAAGAAGGAUAACAAAGGCAAUGGAGAGAUAGAAGAGCAAGCAAAGGGAAAAGGAUGCUGUGGAAAAGGAGAAAAGUGUAGCGACUGUGGAAAGUUCUUUUCAGAUGCCUUGAUUUUAAAAAGCCACCAGGAGUACAUUCACAGAAUGCUUUUUCCCACUGCUACACUGGAGAGGUUUUCCAGAGAAUACAGGCUGCAGUAUGACCAGAUGUACCCUAUCACACAGCCUAAAUCUGGAGAGAAUCCGACAACGUGCACCCAAGCUGCAGUCCCAUCCUCACAAUCAGAACUAGCACCAGAACCAGUUAAGCAUCAAGUUAAAACCCUUGCACCCUCACCUGUACCUUCAGUUUCAGACCCCAUAACCAAACCAUGCACUCCAACUACAGAGCUAACACCAGCUGACACUGCACCACCUUCUCCUGAAUUUCCUUCUCAACCUCGAGAUUUUUCACAAGAGGCACCCAUCCCAAGCACAUCUGCUUCAGCUAUUUCUCAAACCACAUCCCCAGCCAAGUCCAUACCUCCUACCUUAUCUAAAAUGCCUAUGCUUCCUCUCUCCAUGCCCCAGUUUCCUUUGCCCCCACUGACUUUACCUAAACUUUCUCUACCCCCCCUACCUUUUCCUGUGGAGCUACCACUCCUCCCUUCAGUUGUGAUGCAGUCUGUGGCUCUACAGUCCCAACCUUGGUUAGACUCGAGUAUGAAUCCUGAGUUGGCAAAACUCUAUCAAUCUCAACUCAACACAGCGCUGCUAGGGCAACAGGCACAGCUUAGUCCAGCUUUGCUAGCCCAGCAACCUCAGCUCAGCCCAGCUUUGCAAGGUCAGCCUUCACAACUCAAUACUGUGCUGGUGGGUCAACCAUCCCAACACAGCCCAAUCCAAACAGGACAGCAACCCCAAGUCAGCCCAACAAUACUUGAACAACAGGGUAAGAGAACCCGAACACGAAUUUCUGAGGAACAACUAACUGUUCUGAGAAAACACUUUGAUAUUAACACCCUCCCCAGUGAUGAAGAGGUCAACAAGAUGUCUGCUCUGUCUGGUCUGCCUCAUAAAGUCAUCAAACACUGGUUUCGCAAUACGCUAUUUAAAGAGCGUCAGCGAGACAAGGAUUCCCCUUACAAUUUUAAUAAUCCCCCAACCACAGCCCUGGAAGAAUCCAGAGAGGAAGUAGUACAAAACCAGCCUCUGAAACUUUCCCCAUGUUCAUUGUCCCCGGGUCAUCCAGUCAGCACCUUCCAACAGCUGCAGACAACAGACCCCCAGAGAGGAGAGCCCCAUAGGGGCCGACGCUCUUCCCGUACCCGUUUCACGGAGCAACAGCUGGAGACACUGCAGACGAUGUUUGAGGCCACUCCCUACCCCAGAGAAGACGAAUAUGACAGGUUGUCUGCUAUGUUAUCUCUCCCUAACAGAGUCAUUGUUGUAUGGUUCCAAAAUGCAAGACAGAGAGCCCGCAAAAAUCAAGACCGAGGGACGGACGAUGAAUUUGAUGGAAAGAACCAGCUUGACAACAUUCACAGACAGAGAAAUGGCUGCCACAAGAAUGAUGAUGAUCAUGAGGAUAACAGCUGUGGGGAUGAAGGCCAAGGAGAAUCUCAGAAUGAAAACUCCAUGGAUCUGACCUAUGAGUAUUACACCAACCCUGACUCACCUGUCCUUGAUUCUUCCACUCACUGCACAGAAAUAGAGCAUCCAACAGCCAAAGGUGAACCAACACCUGUUACUAGGAAACAAGAAGAUAAAGCAGUCUCUCCUGCGGCUAGCAAGAGCCCAGCUCUUGUGCAAGCUGAAAACGGUGUUUCAGAUGUAGACAUCCAGCAGAAGGAAAUUGUCCAGGCCAUGAAAACAGGGUCCUCUCCACAACCUGAUCCCAAUAUGCAGUCAGAAAGUACUCCAGAAAGACCCCACCCUCACUCUUCCUCCUCUUCCCAAAAAACAGUACCCACGGCUCAUUCCAGCCAGGGGCAUACUUACAACUCUCCUUCUGAUCAAGCUGUUGAAAAGCCUACUGAUACAUCACCCAGCCUCCCUGCUGCUCCAGAGUCUGAAACAAGCCACAUUCGGCUACCUGAUGCCACCUCUGGCCUAUCCACUGAAACUCAGCCAAAAAAACAGCUCCAAUCCCAAACCCAGGCUCAGUUCCAGUGCAGUCUCUGUCCAGUAUCCUUGCCAACAUUCCAGCUGUGGCAAGAGCAUCAGACCAGGCACCUCCUGGCAGCUCAAACCCAAGUCCAAUUUCUCCACUCUGGCUUCACAGACCGAACCAUGCCUUACAUGAUGCUGCAUCCCAACCACACCCUCAUGGCCAGCCAAAUGCUUUCAGGUGCUAUGUCCCAGAUGCACCCUAAUCCCACACAUCCCAUGAUUUCACACUUAAACAGCAUACAAAUUAAAAACACACUCUCUGAUCACUCAAAUAAUACCCUCACCAGCCUCACGCAAAGUUCUUUGACACCAUUGAAGCAGAAUUCAAAGCUUAUGCCAGAGACCAGUUUUGAAGGCCAAAGGAGCAGUAGAGAGGUUGACGAGGAGCACCGAAGGGAUAAGCGUCAGAGAACCACCAUCACUCCAGAACAGCUAGAAGUGUUGUACCAGCGCUACAGCUUGGACUCUAAUCCUACCAGAGGAGUCCUGGAAAGCAUUGCACGCGAUGUAGGCCUCACAAGACGUGUGGUUCAGGUCUGGUUUCAAAAUACACGAGCCAGAGAGAGAAAAGGACAGUUCCGGUCAAUGGGGCCAGGAUCCAGUUUUAGCUUGGGUUUCAACCACCUGCGCUGCCCAUUCUGCAGGGCUCUCUUCAAGGUAAAGAGUGCUCUGGAUGCCCAUAUGAGGUCACGCCACUGGGCAGAGGCUGAAAGAGCAGGCUACAACUUAUCGAUGAAUAAUGGAUCUAAUGGGCAGAUUGGGAUGGCUAUGUCAUCUGUCAUGGACAGGCCAGGCCCAUCUGUCUCCUCCAACCUUAUCCCCAACCAUGGCUAUGUCAUUAGCAACAAAGAGUUAAGUGUGAAGCCACCUGCGACAUCUUUUUCUGUAACCACUGAUCUGAACAACCCAGAGGAGGAGGAUGAUGAUUAUGACGAAGAUGAUGAGGACUACCCAUGUGAGGAGGGUUCCAGUAUGGCUGACCAAGCUUCUCCUAGUCCUGAGGGAUCUGGGGGUCCGAGCUCAGAUUGGGGUGAGACACAAACUCUGCAGCAUCACCACCAUCAGCAGCAGCGCCAAAGGACACAGAUGAGCCACUUCCAGGUACUCCAGCUCAGAGACUUCUACAGGAGCCACCGUACCCCCAACCGACAUGAGUGUGAGGCACUUGGCCAGGAGUUGGGACUGCCUCACCGUGUGGUACAGGUGUGGUUCCAGAAUGCCAGAGCCAAGGAGAAGAGGGCCAGGAGCCUGAGCUCUGACUCUGCAGAGAGGGAGCAGGCGGAGCUUUCCGCAGGGGCAGGGGAGAGAGACAGAGCUUAGAGAGGCAGACUACGGUCCUUUUGCUUCCUUCUACUACAUUCUCCCCAAAACCCCUCCUGCACCUGCUGUUGACCUCUAAACAUAUACCCUGUCCACUUUGCUGCCAAACCUGUAACCUGAACACCCCAAAGAUGCAGAUCCACAGUGGCCCAAAGACAAACUCUCUCAACUGAAAGUCGGAGAGAGCCCAAACCACGUCCUCUUUACCACAGCUUUCCUCUUUUCAUAUUGUUCUUAAACGCUUUUUCCUGGACUAUACUUUCUUGUUGAAAAGAGCUCCUCUCCCUGUUCUGUCAGACACCUUACUACAACCAAACACCACCUUGAUAAAACCAACCAGAUGCCACAGAGGCCAAAGAGCAUUCUCCAAGUAUAUGAUGACCUCACUGCCCAGCUAGACCUGCAGUCUACCUCUCAGUCUGCAUGACAGACUCACAGUGGGCCCUCCACCAGACAGUGCUAGAUGACUAGCUGUGUAGCAUGUAGUGCCAGCCCGUAAGAGGCUGGAAAAGAAAUUGUCAAAGAGAUUUUAGUGUAAAUAGAGAGCUCCAAAAGAUAAACUUGAAGAAAAACAAAGCAGUUAACAGUGGAAGAAGAUGAUGGAAAAAAAAAAAAAGGAAAAAUAACCUUGAAAUAGACGGAGGUAUUCGCAUAGAGCUUUUGUAAAGACUGACUCAGAUUCCAAAGCUCGUAACCAAAAUUUUACAUGUCUGUGGAUUUAGUUUCAACAUGUUUGUUUUCAAUAACAAACUGCAGAGUUGACGUCUGUACCGUGAAUGGGUGAGAUCUGCAGCUGGCCUAGAUAAGCCGAGUACCAAUAGACUGAUACGGUGCUAGAAUGCAGCUUCACCCUCCACAAGCCAAUGAUGAGUCUUCUGUUGUACAUGUACACCUUCUAUGUUCCUUUAGUGGAAAAAAGCCCAAAUAGCACAGAACGUAAAGGCCAGUUUGUCCUGUCCGGGCAAACUAUUUUUUAUAGCACUCAACCAUUAUACUGUAUAUGAAAACUUUAACCAAACUCAAAUUUACAUUGUGUGUGUUUAGUAAUAGUUUCUUAAUAUAAAUCUUAUGGAUUGAGAUAAACUGUCUUGCUUCGAUAUAAUAGUGUCAUGAUUAUGAAAAGAUUAUGACAGCUUUGAUAUGUUCAGGCAAGGUGACUUACUGCCUUUCCGUUCUAUUUGAAUAUACCAAUGGCUGACCAAUGUUAUGUGAUUAAUGUAAAGCUUUCUAUGCUCAGGUCAACGGCUCAACUCGGCUCUGCUUCAAAUGUGAUCUUAAUACUGUACUUUUCUGUUUUUAAAACAGUAGAGGCAUGGUUUAACCUUGGACUAAGUAUUACUGAUAGUUACAAAAACAUCUCUGUAUUUCAAAGAUCUGAGCUUUUCACCUCUGAGUAAUAGAUUGUUACAAAAACCUUAUUGAAACUAAAGUGUUUAAUAGUGUGAGGGGUAAAUGUACAGUAUUUAGCUUUUGUAUGGUUGACUCAAGACUUCAUUGGAUGAUUGAGACAUAGCUCCCUUUUCCACUUACAGAUAGGGAGCUACUGCGCAAAGCUGAGAAAAAACUUUGGAUGUUAUUGAUGUUAUUUUUGUACACUUAAUUUAUUUUCCCUCUUUCUCCCUCCCUAUCUACUUUCCUCUUUUUCUCUAUACAUUUCUUCCUGUGUUCAUUUGCAACCAGUCCUUAUUCUAACUGUAAUAAUGAUAAUAUAACAAUAAUAGCUAAACAAUAAUUAAUGCUUUAAGACAAAAAUCCAAAGACGUGAUAAUACUUUAACCAUAUGACCUACAAAAAUAAGCGCUACUGUUUACUUGACGAUGUAUUGCUGUUUUUAAAGAAGGAAGGAGUCCCUAUAUCUAAGCUACUGUUUUCUGCCUCUCAUAAGCACACUGGAGACUGUAACCAAAACCCCAAACUAGAGCCAUGGCAGUCUGUAAUAUAGCGGUUAAAGAGUUUUACUUCUCUGGAGAAAUGUUGCAGUUUAUUUUUCUUUCUUUUUUACCAUAGUGUUGAACUUCAGCCCUUAAGGAUGUCCAGUUUGCUGCUAAUGUACUGUAGUUUCUAACGAUACUGUAGAAAGAUGCAUGCUCUGAUCGCUUUACCACUAGGCUUUAAUGACUACAAACUGUAAUGAUACCUGUGAUGCUGUUGAUAAACUGCUCCUGUGUUAUUCUGGUGAAAACAAAUGGAUAUGUGGGGCUCAAUUCCAUCAGGUUUGUUUUUCAGUAUCCUAUUAAUUACCCCAUCUCAGAAGAUAAAAAUGGCUUUCGUAAUACCAGAAAUAUUUUUUCAAGCUUCCAGUUUCAGAGAAACCUGCCUGGGGCAUUAACUUCUCAAUACUUAUGGAGAUACUGCAUAGCUAUUUGAAGGAGUUCAGCCCCAAACCUUCCACUGGUAUGUUGUCAGUCUUUCUGUGUUGCAAUGUCUCUAGUCCAUUUUUCCAGCUAAAACAGCUUUGCUGAACUCAGACUGACAUCACAGCCAACUUUCCAAAGGAUGUGGACUGACUAACUCUGUCAUGUUUUGUUCUUAAACUAACCAAUGUUUACGACAAUACCAAUGAGCUUUCUUCUGUACAGAAAUGUGCAUUCCAAAAACCACAAAGGCAGUUUUUUUGUAUACUGAUUAUUUUGAAUUUCAUUUUAUCUCGAUUUAAUAUCUCGUAUUCUCUUGAUCUUAGUGACUGUAAGAUGUACAUAUUGGGGUCCUCUAUGGUGAAGGGACUCUGUUAUCCUUACUGUAGGUAAAACUAUUCUUUUCAUUUUUUGGAUAUGUUGUUGCCAUAGUGAUGACCAAAAAGAUACCUGUGAUGUGCACCUGUCCUUAUGUCUUGCUCCAGUGGUUUAGUGUGUCUCUAUACUCUCCCUCUCCCAGUUCUCCCCUACUGGUGUGUGUUUCUCUUCCUUUCCCUUCCCAUAUUCCACUGAGCUAAAUAAAGUCU